CUAGGGAGUUCAAACUUCUCCUAAAUACAUUUGAGAUGGGUCGUGGCACUAGGAGAUCAGUUGCUCUGUUAUGCUUACUCUGUCUUCAUGUUCUUACAGUGAGUGUGAUUGCUAGGGAUGUAGUGAGUGUGGGUAAGAAUGAGAAAGAAAAGUUUCUAAACGUUGGGGAUGGAGGCGGAUUUGGAGUUGGAGGUGGAGGUGGAGGUGGAGGAGGUGGUGGUGGUGGCGGUGGAUUUGGAGGUGGGUAUGGGGGAGGAGCUGGAGGUGGAGGUGGUGUUGGUGGUGGCUUUGGCAAGGGUGGCGGCAUUGGUGGUGGGAUUGGUAAGGGAGGUGGAGUGGGAGGUGGCGCUGGUGGUGGCUUUGGUAAAGGUGGUGGCAUUGGGGGUGGAAUAGGCAAGGGUGGUGGCUUUGGAGGUGGAGUUGGGGGAGGUCAUGGUGGAGGGUUUGGAAAAGGUGGGGGAGUCGGCGGAGGAGUUGGUGGUGGCAUUGGCAAGGGUGGUGGUAUUGGUGGAGGAAUAGGCAAGGGUGGUGGCUUUGGAGGUGGAGUUGGUGGUGGUCACGGUGGAGGGUUUGGAAAAGGUGGGGGAGUUGGUGGAGGAGUUGGUGGUGGAAUAGGUAAGGGUGGUGGCAUUGGUGGUGGUCAUGGUUUUGGAAAAGGUGGGGGUAUUGGUGGAGGUGCUGGUGGUGGAUUUGGUAAAGGUGGAGGCAUUGGCAAGGGUGGUGGACAUGGAGGAGGUGUUGGUGGCGGAAUUGGUGGAGGUCAUGGUGGAGGGUUUGGAAAAGGUGGAGGUGUUGGUGGCGGAAUUGGUGGAGGUCAUGGUGGCGGGUAUGGAAAAGGUGGGGGAGUUGGCGGAGGAGCUGGAGGUGGCAUUGGUAAGGGUGGUGGUAUUGGGGGUGGAAUAGGCAAGGGUGGUGGCUUUGGAGGUGGAGUUGGUGGUGGUCAUGGUGGAGGUUUUGGGAAAGGUGGGGGAGUUGGUGGUGGAAUAGGCAAGGGUGGUGGCAUUGGGGGUGGAAUAGGUAAGGGUGGCGGUGUCGGUGGUGGCAUUGGUAAAGGUGGUGGGGGAGGCCUUGGUGGAGGCAUUGGGAAGGGUGGUGGCAUUGGUGGUGGUGGCGGCUUUGGAAAAGGUGGUGGCAUUGGAGGUGGUGGCGGCUUUGGAAAAGGUGGUGGCAUUGGAGGUGGGUUUGGUAAAGGUGGUGGAUUUGGUGGCGGCAUUGGAGGUGGAUCUGGUGGUGGGAUUGGAGGGGGAUUUGGCAAAGGUGGAGGAAUAGGGGGAGGUUCAGGAGGUGGGUUUGGAGGUGGAGGUGGAUAUGGUGGAGGUGGAGGAGCAGGUGGAGGUGGUGGAUUUGGUGGUGGAGGCGGCUUUGGUGGAGGAGGCGGUGGUGGGAUUGGACACCACUAAUUAAGCAUCAGAUUGUGCGGAUCUAUUAUUAAUAAGUAAUGAAUGUAAUAAUCAUGUGUCCUGGAUUUCUUAUUUUGUUGAAGAGUUUUUAGUUAUGUUAGUUGCAUCUCUUGCCAAUGAAGACAAGCAUGCACGCCUACUCAGUCUGUUGUAAGUUAUUUCUACUUAAAAUGUAAAAUAUAAAUUGAAAAAUAGCACAUCUCGCACAUUUUCAUUUUUAUAAUA